AUGGCAGCGCAACAAGGUGAUAGACCCUCAAGCUACAGUACAAGUACGAGCGUGAACCUGUCGGCCAGAACAUACAAGCAAGACGGCGAGGGUUCUGGUACUGCGCGAAAGCGGACAUGGGGUGGCGGUUUGUUCAAGGGACCCUCAAAGUACGGCGGGAAUACAGCUUCUAACUCAACUGCUAGAUCAAGUCUCUCCCUUACCCCGUCAUCCCCUGGCGGCAUGGCAUUCUCGCCACACGAGAUAACUUGCCAGCGGCUUCGCGACUGUAUUCACAAGUUGAGAUCUGCGCCUUCUGAUGUCAAGCAUGUCGAUGUCACAUUCAACGAGUAUGGCAAGAUUGCAGGCGAGGCGGGUGCGCUUUGUGAAAAUCUUCUCCUGCCGCAGUCAUCUCGCCAAUCCCAAUCGAUAUUGAGCCCGCUGGAUGAUAGCAAUGAGGACCAAAUCGUCUCUUCCGAUAUAUCCAGCGUAUCUACCAAUGGAACUAGGUCACCCAUAAAUUCGAGAGCCUCGCUAGAGCAAGGCUAUCAAUCAUCCGUGGCCUUCCAGCCGCACCUCGACCUGAUCCAUGAUUGGAUUGAUUGCUUAGUCAAGCUACUCGAUACUCUGCACAUUUCACUUAUCGGAACAUAUCGCGAAUGCGAACCCGAGGCCAGUCCGGCUAUGGUCGACCAAUUGUUUGUCGAUCAGAGGUUCAGAGAGACCGCAAUCUCACGAAUGCGUAGCGUAAGCAAAGCACGCGCAGGCUCCAAGGAACCAGUAUUUUUUCAAAAAUACGAGCAAAGAUUCCGACAUUAUGAUCAGUUGAAAGUUGAUCUCAUCGAAAUGCGGCGGCUGCUCCAGAAUAGUGAGUCUGGUAUACUGCCAAACCGAGUUAUUCGGGAGGUCACCAUCUCUCAACGUGGCGAUGCCAUACUAGAAUUUGCAAACAUAUCGCCUGAAGGGUCUUUGGAAGACCAUCCGGUGUUGCGCUUUAGGGUCUCAUCUCACAUGCUCGUCGAAACUUCGCCAAUAUUUGCUCGCAUGUUUGAUAGCCCUUCACUGCUCGCAGCCUUCAGCGCAUCCAACUCUGUUUUCCCUGCCCCUCCAUCUCAGUACACGUGUAAAGAUGGAGCUGAGGUGAAACUCUUUCGAAUGCCUCAACUCGAGCUCAACAUCAAGAGCUCAUUUGAGGUGCUGUUACAUGCCGCCCACUUGCAUAACGAUUUGGUACCCAGGGAUAUCGAAUUUGACCAGUUCGUCGCCAUCGCCGAAGUGUGUAUGCGGUACCAAUGCACUUCUCCCCUCGAGCUUUCUGUUGAGUAUCGCUGGCUGCCACAAUGGAUGCACAAGGCCAUAGAGGACAUGCCUGAUGGCUUGCUUCUGAUAAGCUAUGCUUUUGGCCUGAGAAGGCUCUUUACCAGGAUGACCAAAACUGCAAUUCUCAACAUCGUGAAUGACAAGGAUCUUGAGUCAAAGCCUUGGCCCCAGAAUGUCAAGGACAGAAUAUGGGCUGUUCGGAGAGCGAAGAUUGAGCAAGUAUAUGCAUGCUGCAACAAUAUUCUUGGGGAAUAUCUCAAAUGUCCACCCCCUGCCCUCCCUAUAUAUGAAAGAGAAGGGACGACUACCACGGGACUGACACCGACUAUGGCGCCUCGAUGCUUGAAAGGCAGCCAUUCUUGUGACGCUGCUUGUCUAGGUUGGCUCAUGAUGCUCUUCAAUGAGCUACAUAUUCUUCCGCAGCUCAUGCAGUCCUCCUCUUUCUCACGUCGACCUCCCCCACCACAACGAAGUUUGAAUCAACUUGUCGACUGUCUUCGAUUUGUGGCAAGCCCACCGAAUACACAUCAAGGCCCUUGUGACUUCACUCCAGCUUUCAGAGCCGCCAUGAAUGAUAUAUAUAAUAGUGUUUCCGGGUUUACGCUGUUUUCCAUAAGUGGCAAGCAUGGCUGGGGUUUGAGCAAGCAUAAAUCACUCCUACCACAGCAUGUCUUGAGUAUUGGUGCCCUGUUACCUGACCACAAUGCUGCAAGGCGGACGAUGGAGGACGUGGCCUUGCGAAUCAUGUUGCAUGUGGACAGCCUUGACCAGGUUUAUAACGUGGCGUUGGUCAGUAAAGCGUUCUUUGAAGCUUUCAAGAGUAACGAGACGAUCAUAUACCGAUCUCUCCUCCAGAAAACGAAGAACAUCAUACCCGAAAGAUGGACACUCAGCGGUGCGUCGAGCAAAGAAGAAGCACGGUCGGAGCUGAAGCUACUCAAAGAGGAUAACCCAGAGCACAAGGCUUCGAGGACCGUCGAGGACCUGAAUCUCAUGACUAGCGAUAAUCAGAGGGCUCAUCUUGAAGGUUUUCGAGGUCAAAAGGUUCCGAGGACGAGAGCACUUUAG